UAACCCGCGCAGGUAAUAAAAUUCCCGAUCUGUCUCGGUCGUAACAAAUUUCGACGAGUAUGGAUAUCAAAAUAUUUGUCUCGGUCUGCCAAUUACCAUUCCAUAACAAGAGAGAUCCUUCUUUGUUUAAGAUGGAAUCUGAAUUGUAGAUUUCAUAUUUAGUUUUACCUUUUUCAAGUUUCACUAAGAUAAUUGUAAUAUUUUUAUAUUUAAAUAAAAUAUUAGUACAUUAGUGUUAUCAUAGCCACAUAAGAUAAUGUAAACGUUAUUUCACAAAAAAAUAGAAUUACUGGCCAAGCUUAUUGAAGUAGAUGAAGAUCAUGGAAUUAAUUUUUGUAGUCAAUGUGAUUUGGAAACUGAGUUUUAAGAUAUAUGUCGGAUUACAAUCUUUUCGAUUGGACUAAUCAAAUAAUUCAUAUCUUUUCUAUUUCGGUUAGAAUUGAAUUAGUUGGAAGGACUUACCUAGCGAAAGAUACCUGAUUUAGAUACACAAUAAUUUGAGAUGCAAGAAUAUCAAUAGUAUAUAAUUCAUUUCUCAUGAUAAUCAAUAAUAGUUCUUUUACUCAAUACUUAUACUCAAUACUUAUUAUACGAAAGUUGAAGUUGUGAAAUCAUCACAAAACAAACACUUUUGAUUACAUGGUCAUCGGGCAAACCCGACCAUAAGGUCGGGCCCUAUGCUAGUAAUAUUAUGAUACGGGUGUUUGGAGAAAUAUUAUGAUCAUGGCUUCAUGCCAAACCAAAUGAGCGGCGGCGUUGAAUACUGUCAAAAAGAAGAAGCGGGAGAAAAAUGAGAACGAAAUAAUAGGCGCUUAAUUUUCCCUCCCUUUUCGAAAAUUCCCGCCUAAACCAAAACCCACUUCAUCUUCUUCUCCCUCCUUCCCACCCACUCUCUUCUUCCAUAUACUCUAAUGAUCCCACUCUCUCACCACCACUCUUUCCAUUUUAUAUUUCCUGCGAAUUUCCCUCUGUCGAAAUUCAAAUUUCGUUUGCAUCCCUCCCGCCGCCGCAGGAUCAAAGCCGCCACCAAGUCUUCCAACGGAAGCUCCUCCAAAUCGUUGGUGGUCAGCAGUUCCUUAAAUCACCCGUCAACCCCAUUUUCGCUGUCCUUCUUCUUCGAUGACGGCGCCGGUGAGUGAUGCUUCUCCUCCACCCAGCCACGGCGGCGGCGGUCCCGCGCCGCUCCGUCCGAUAUCCGAAACCCUAGAUGUAGAAAAGCUGCUGCAGCUGUCCGAUCCCCCGGAAGAACAACCCCCCUGGAUAGUUAUAUCCGCCGACGACCUUGAUUCUGCGCUAACCCUAGACGCCUCCGGCGUGCCUCCUCCGGGAAUCAAGGCUUCUACAAGUGAGUGUGGUCGGGAUGAGGAUCUUCCAGAAGUGGGUGGUGAUGGUGUCGUGGAUUUCAAGUCUGCUUUGACUUCGUCUGGAAAUGCCGCCCAACAAUCAUUGGCGGCGUUGGAGCCGCAACCGUCGGACGGGGAAGCUGUAAUAGGCGAGUCAUCAGCUGUUGAAGAGUUGGGGAUGGAUGAUAGUGGGGAUUAUCAGGCUCCUGGUUCUCCUAUGGAAACGGAAGCUGGGACCAGUGCCCCUUCUUCACCCAACUGGAAGCUCAGCGAUGUAGAUCUUGAUUGUGAUGAGGAUGACUCAGAGUACUACCAUCAGCGCCCCCUUGUUGUUGGUCACGGUCCUCGUCCUCGUUUUGGAGCCGAUGGAUUUCAUCGCCGCGGUUGUCCUGCGGGGUAUGGACAUGGGUGGUGCCAGUGCCGGGCUUGGGUGGAUAGAAGCCGCUCUGAUUCAGAAGAUGAAGAUAAUAGGCCUAGGGGGUUUUUCAAGCCCCGGAGAGAACCUGUUGAAGAUGAUAGGUCCAGGGGAGUUUUCUGGUUCCGGAGGGAACCAAUUCCUACUGGCAUGGGUGCUGGACUUACAAACCUCGGGAACACAUGCUUCAUCAAUGCGAUAUUGCAAUGCUUUACACACACUGUCCCUCUUGUGAAGGCUCUACGAUCCCACAAUCAUUCAUUACCUUGUGACAGAGGUAGUGACGGAUUCUGUGUUCUUGAUGCACUUCGUGAUCACAUCGAAUGUUCUCUGAACUCUUCUGGAGAUACUAUUGCUCCCCGAAGUCUUUUUGACAACUUGAGUUGCAUUUCUUCCCUUUUCCAAAAAUACCAUCAGGAAGAUGCACAUGAAUUUCUGCAGUGCUUGUUGGAUAGGCUGGAAAGAUGUUGUUCAGAUCCCAAUGCAGCUGAAGGUUCCUCAUCUUCAGAAGCUGAAAAUAUCGUGCAGCAAAUUUUUGGAGGUCGUCUUGUGAGCAAGCUAAAAUGUUGCAGCUGUGGCCACUUUUCUGACAAAUAUGAACCUCUAAUUGACUUGAGCUUGGAGAUUGAAGAGGUGGAUAGCCUUCAUGACGCACUUGAAUCUUUCACUAAAGUGGAGAAGAUAGAAGAUCCAGAGACAAAGCUGACGUGUGAUAGUUGCAAAGAAAAAGUAACGAUGGAGAAGCAGCUUAUGUUGGAGAGGGCUCCUUUAGUCACUACUUUGCAUUUGAAGAGAUUCAAGACAGACGGACACUCUGUGGAGAAGAUUGGCAAGCACAUUGAGUUCCCUCUGGAGCUGGAUUUAGUGCCCUACUCCAGUCAUGACCAGAAUGACAAUGAGGGUUUGAAGUAUCAACUAUAUGGAGUUGUGGUGCACAAUGGUUUUUCGCCUACCUCUGGACACUACUUUUGCUAUAUAAGGUCGUCACCUGGGAAAUGGCACAAGUUAGAUGACUCGAGGGUCACUGAAUGUCGCGAAGAAAUUGUAUUAUCUCAAGUCGCAUAUCUUCUAUUGUAUGCCAGAGAAGGUACGCCUUGGUUUUCAAGUUUAAUGGACUCGCAAAAGGUUGAUCAAGGUUUGGGCACUUCAAGCACGUCUCCAAAAUCUGUUCUAGAAACUGUGGACAGGGAGGAGUAUACUUCAUCUGAUAAUAACAGUAAGGAAAAUGGUGACAAUUGUGAUACUGCUGCUGCUGUGUUUACUGGAGAUGACAUAGGAAUACUUGAGCCCCAAAUUGAUCCCUCUAGCGAAACAGUAGUGCAAGAUGAACAAGUUGAGACCCUUGAGCAGAACAAUGAGGAAGGUCUUGAGGAAAGGCUGAGUUUUCGUGAUGAUGAGACCAAAGGUGCUGAGAAACCAUUGUCUUCUACUCCUGCUGCUGCCGACGAUGAUAUUCUCCAGGCAAAAAGAGACCCUCAGGAUUUUGGCACUUUUGGCGAUGAAAACUUGCGUCCACAGCUUCAUGCCAGUCCGAGUGGCAGUGGCCAGACUGGCCAGAAUACUGGUAGGGAUUAUGGUGGUCUGCUUGUCCAGUCCCACACACCUAUCACGCAUUCAGGUCGUGCUACCAAUGUUGUUCGACUACCAGAAACCAGAUAUCGGAAUGCAAGAGACCAGCAGUGCAAGGCUGCAAGUCUUGUAUCCGAGGAGAGAUUAUCGAAAAAGGGAGCCAAGGAUCCAAAAACAAGUGAAGCUGUUCGGUACAUGAACAAGACGAUGCCCUCUUCCAGACGGAAUCAGCUCAUGGCGGCUAUUGGUCUCCCAAAUGAAGAGAAGAAGGGAGGGUUGAGAUCGUCUAUGUGCAGUAGUAAGAGGUCCAGAACUCCUGAUCCCAGCCGGAGAGUGCUGCGCCGAACUGAACCAAUACGAUGAUGAUGCAUUUCGUUAGUAGUAGUAGGAUAGGAAAUUGCUAGUUAAGGAAGAGUGAAAUUGUAGUAGUGUAAAUGCUUCUGCUCAUGAACAACUAGUUCCAAACUGUGGGGAAAAAAAAUAAUCUAACAUCAUGGGCGAUGUUUCCAUUCUUCUCUCUUAAUGGAAUUCCCAUUUUGGUCACAACCUUUGAUUGUACUAACAAUCUAACAUAGGCAAAACUUCCAUUUUGAAUUAAUAUAAGUUCAAUUACAAA